AAACCAGUCUGUAACUCGGUGCUCGCUCGGGAGCUAUCGUCUGGAAGCGGUUUACAAGUAUUGAUCUUAACUCGGGACAGGAAAAAUCCACGUCCACGCAGGCUGCGAAAGAGGUGCUGAGAUUUUAAGGGGAGUGUUGAGCGGGUCUCCGUUAACUCCACCCUCCCAAAUCUGGGCUGCUGCCUCUGGCCAGGAAUGUAGGCUUCUCCAGCGCAGGCACACGCCGACGGGAUCUCUUGGAAUCGCUCGCUUUCCAGCAGCGAGGCCCGGUUACCACCACCAUGUUCCUGUGCAUCGGCGUACUUUUUGCUCUUUCCCUGCUUCCAAGAUCCUCCACGGAUGUACAGCUCAGCGGCAGUGUCCCCCUGGAACCGUACGACUUGCUUUUCGAUAACGGGGUGGAAGCCUACUACAAGGGGGACUGGAAGUCGGUCAUCCUGAACAUGGAGCGGGCGCUGCUGAACAAGGGCGCAUUACGGCGAGUGAAGGCGCACUGCCGGCUCCUCUGCGCCAACCAGACCGGGUUUGGGGAGUCCUUACCAGGCUUGGGGGAGAUACCCGUGCCAGGCAACGGAGCUGUGGCGGACCUCGGGUUUUUCCAAAACGUAUUAAAACGGGCCCAGUGCGUCAGUGCGUGUGAAGAAGAGAAACUGGGACCACCGUCUCUGCAUAAGAUCAGCGAAGAAGUAGAAAUCGAGUUUCGGAAGAGGUCUCCUUAUAAUUAUCUCCAAGUGGCUUACUUCAAGAUCAACCGCCUGGACAAAGCGGUGGCAGCUGCGCACACCUUCUACCUGGCCAACCCCGAGCACAUGGAAAUGAGGCAGAACCUGGAGUACUACAGGAUGAUGGCGGGGGUGCAGGAGACUGACUUCAAAGACCUGGAGGCGAGAACCCACAUGGAAGAGUUCCAACAAGGUGUGAAGUUCUACACAGCAGACAGUUUCCUCCCUGCGACUGAACACUUUGAGGCCGCAGUGGAGGAGUACUUCGUAGCCUAUCAGGAGUGCCGUGCGCUCUGUGAGGGAGACUAUGACUAUGAGGGCUACAACUACCUGGAUUACAGUGCAGACCUCUUCCAGUCUAUGACAGACCACUACAUGCAGGUGCUGAACUGCAAGCAGAACUGUGCAGUGGAACUGGCUACCAAACCAGGCAAAGACAAGCCUGUUGAAGACUUCCUGCCUGCCCAUUUCAACUACCUGCAGUUUGCGUACUACAACAGUGAAAACUACGAGAAGGCCAUCGAGUGCACAAAAACAUACCUUCUGUUCCACCCUGCUGAGGAGGUUAUGAACCAGAACCUGGCUUACUAUUCUGCAGUGCUUGGGGAGGAGAAGGCUGCCACCAUCACUCCCAGAGAGAAUGUCCGUCAGUACAUACAGCAAUCCCUUCUGGAGAAAGAGCUGCUGUAUUUUGCUUAUGAAGUUUUUGGAAUCACUUUUAUUGAUCCGGAUUCUUGGACACCCAUAGACAUUAUGCCACCAAAGCUUCGGGAGAAACAGAAAGCAGAGCGGGAAACGGCAGCUAGAAUCACUGAGGAAAUUGGGAAUCUGAUGAAGGAGAUUGAGACUCUGGUGGAGGAGAAGAACAAGGAGUCCACAGAGAUUUCCAGGAUGGUGAGGGAAGGUGGCAGUGUGCUGUACGAUGGCAUCAAGGUGACCAUGGCCUCCAAAGCCCUGAACGGGUCCCAGAGGGUGGUGCUGGAUGACGUCAUCACAGAGGACGAGUGCAGGGAGCUCCACCGCCUGUCCAAUGCUGCUGCUCUGAAGGGUGAUGGAUACAGGGGGAAACCGUCUCCUCACACACCCAGUGAGAUGUUCCAGGGAGUCACUGUCCUCAAAGCUCUGAAGUUGGGCCAGGAGGGGAAGGUGUCCAUGAGGAGCGCCAGUCUGUUUUUUGACAUCAGUGAGAAGGUCCGCAAAAUCGUGGAGUCCUACUUCCGCCUGGAGACUCCCCUCUACUUCUCUUACACACACUUGGUGUGCCGCUCUGCCAUUGACGAGAAACAGGAGGGGCGUGAGGAUCUGAGCCACUCUGUUCAUGUGGAUAACUGCCUGCUGGUUUCAGAACUCAUGGAGUGCAUCAAAGAGCCCCCGGCCUACACAUACAGAGACUACAGUGCUAUCCUGUAUCUGAAUGAUGACUUUGAAGGGGGUGAUUUCAUUUUCACUCAGCUGGAUGCCAAAACUGUCACAGCUGUGGUCAGGCCCCAGUGCGGCCGAGUGGUGGGGUUCGGGGCCGGGAAGGAGAACCCGCACGGAGUGAGAGCCGUGACCAGGGGGCAGCGCUGCGCCGUGGCUCUGUGGUUCACACUGGACCCGCGUCACAAUGAGAAGGAACGGAUACAAGCUGAAGACCUUCUGAAGAUGCUCAUCAGCCCUGUGGAUGCAGAGUUUCAGGGUACAGCUAAAGAAAGCAUCCCAGAGACACCCACACAGUCUGAAGGUGGGAAGGAUACAACACAGGCCACUGCUGAGCCCCCCAGCAGUGACUCAGGGACAUCAUCAGUACCAGCUGAGACGGCGUCUGUUUCUGACCCCUCUACAAUUAACAGAUCGGACUCCUCCUCUCCGGAGGCGCAGGGUUUAGACACUGAGGAUAGCAAACCUGCUGUCAGUGCAGCAGUGGACUCGCACAGUGCCAAAGAAGAGUUGUGAUUCUGGAAUUACAUUGUUUUUUGUGUUGUUUUUUAUAUAUAUAAACUUGGUUGUGUGUUUAUUAAAGAUUUGUCUGGGGUUGUGUUAACAGAGUGGCUCCCACUGUUUCUGGGUAAUUGUAUUUUAAUGCCUUGAGGAAACAGGUUGUUAAAUACAUAUUCCUGAUUGUAUGUCCUAAGAUUAAUGUAUCAACACACAAUGUUGCUCUAAAUUAAUUGACAUCAUUACAACAUUGUUUUGUAA